AUAAUGCAAAGGUUAAAUGCAAGCUCAUCAAUAUAAAACGCACAGUUUGAAUCAAUCUUCAUCUUCACGAUGAAGAUUGUGGUCAUCUUCCUGUGCCUUUGGGGCACCAUUUUUUCCUUUCAAGAAUACGGAGUCGGUCAGCGCAAAUUCAAAGUUUCCGACAAGCUUUUCCUCGAACGUCAACGCGACCUUUUAGACCUUUUUCGCAAUGUCAACCAACCCGACUUCAACGAAAAUCGGCAAAAAAUCUCGAAAAGUUACUCAAUCGAAGCAAACGUAGACGCUUAUAUCAAUUCCACUGCUGUUAAACAAUUCGUGUCUUUCUACAAGUUGGGGUUGCUCCCUCAAGGCGAAAUCUUUUCAAUUUUUUACUACGAACACCGGUUACAAGCAAUAAGUCUCUUCAAAUUGUUCUACUAUGCCAGGGAUUUUGACACGUUGUAUAAAACUGCAGUUUGGGCGAGGAAUAACCUGAACGAGGGGCUAUUCUUGUAUGCAUUUUCCACCGCUUUGGUCCACCGUGAUGAUACUUUUACUUUCAUCCUGCCACCGAUUUACGAAAUUUAUCCGUUUUAUUUCUUCAAUAGUGAAGACCUCGAGAAGGCUCAACGGUACAAACAGGCGUACAAUGGGGGCACUAAAACCUACACGAUUUACUCAAAUUAUUCGGGUUAUUACUUGAACUUGAACAAGGAACAAUCGCUUUCAUAUUUCUUGGAAGACAUCGGCUUGAAUUCAUUUUACUACUAUUGCCACAUCUAUUAUCCGUUCUGGAUGGAUGGGGAGGAGUUUAAGUUGAAAAAUGACCGUCGGGGGGAACAAUACUAUUACUUAUACCAACAACUCCUAGCCAGGUACUACCUAGAACGACUCUCGAACGAUUUUGGCGAAAUUGAAUUUUUCAAUUACGACGAGCCCUUCAAGUAUGGUUACUACUCUUCAUUGCGCUACCCCACAGGACUUGCUUUUCCCAAUAGGCCAAAUUAUGCUCCUCUCAGUGAAACCUGGAGCAAUUUUGGCCAAUCUUGGACAUACAAAAGUGCCUACGGCUACUCCUACACCAGAGUACAGGACUUCGAACGACGAAUCAGUGACACUAUUGACUCAGGUUUUGCUUUUACGAAAAGUGGCAAAUUGGUCGAUUUGUACAGCUCAGACCAGAUUAAUAUUUUGGGAAACAUGAUUGAGUCAAAUCCGGACUCUAUCAACCCCCGUUAUUACGGUCCUUGGGACAUUUUCGGACGUCACCUUUUAGGGUACUCCUACCAACCCUUGGACAAGUACAAAGUAGCACCUUCGGUUCUUGAACACUUUGAAACCGCGUUAAGAGACCCAGCUUUCUAUCAAUUUUACAAAAAAGUUCUAUUGCAAUUUCUCAAAUACAAGGUCUAUUUGCCCCCUUAUACGUACAACGAAUUGAAUUUUCCGGGUGUGAAAAUCGAGAAAAUCGACGCUGAUAAACUUUUUACCUACUUUGAUUAUUUCGAUUCAGAUGUGGCUAACGCCGUUUACACUCCUCCGUAUUUCCAAUGGGAAAAUUUCAAAGUAAAAGUGCGCCAACAGAGACUCAACCACAAGCCUUUCACCCUCAAGAUCUACGUCAAUUCCGACAAGGUUAACGAUGCAGUCGUGAGACUGUUCCUAGGUCCCAAAUACGACGAAUACGGCCGUAAAUUAUCCAUGACCGAAAAACGUCUCAAUUUCGUCGAGUUGGACACCUUCAGAUAUAAACUCCAAGCGGGGCAAAAUGUGAUAGAGCGCACCUCACGAGACUUUUACUGGUACGUCCCUGACAAAACUACUUACAGAGACUUGUACAAAAAAAUUCUGGGGGCCCUUGACAACACGGAAAGUCUCCAAUUAGACUCAAGUGAAGCUUUCUAUGGGUUUCCAAACAGACUUUUAUUGCCCAAAGGCAAACGGGAAGGCCAAAUUUUCCAAUUUUAUGUGAUCAUCAAUCCUUAUCAGGCCCCUGGACGCCAGGAGGCCCAACAGGACUAUUACUUCCACCGGGUUGGCACCGGAAUGAAUUAUAUCGACAAUUACGCUUUCGGGUUUCCCUUUGACCGGAAUAUUGUGAGCUACGAUUUUAAAGUCCCGAAUUCGAAAUUCCAGGACGUUACAAUUUAUCACAAAAGUACCGAAGACUUGAAUUCGUCUCAAGCCCAAAAUGAACCGUAAUUCAUUGUUUUUAUAUAAAUAAUAUUAAAUAAUCUAUAAAUACUUAUUAUACAACCAUCACAAUAAAUUUAUUAUGUAAAAUCCAUGUUUGUAAAUAAAUGACAUAACCUCA